AUGGAUUUCGAGCGCAUUACCAUGCCGAACGGUGCAGAUAGGUCUGGAGUCGGGCCAACAAAAAUCUACGCAAGUGCCACAGGCACUGAGAACCUCAGCGACAGCGUCGACCACAAUGUUGCACAGCAGAGAGCGGUGUGGGAUCAGUCCGCCGUGGAUCCGGUCCUAGCCAAGAAGAUGGACAUGGUAAAUGCAGCCAUUGAGGAAAUCGGUAUGACGAAGUGGCAUUGGAAGCUAUUCUUCCUGAACGGCUUCGGAUAUGCUGUCGACUCGCUCCUCAUCGUAAUACAAUCCAUAACACAGCCAGUAAUCACCAGAGAAUAUGGCAACCCACACCCACCCCUCGCCGGCAUAUCGUUCGCGUCGCAAAUAGGCAUGUUGGUCGGAGCAGCAGCAUGGGGUCUUACAGCCGACGUGAUUGGCAGGAAGCUGGCGUUCAACAGCAGUCUGUUCAUCUGUGCAGGAUUCGUCCUGGUCGCGGGUGCAAUGCCGAGCUAUAUCUCAUUUGCGUCCAUGGUGGCUUUCUACAGCGCUGCUGCCGGUGGAGGGUACAUCAUCGAUGCAACCAACCUCCACGAAUUCCUGCCGCGAUCGCAUCAAUGGAUGGUCACUUUCAUGUCCGUCUGGGUACCAAUUGGAUACGCUGUCACUGGAUUACUAGCUUGGGCGUUCUUGAGCAACUUCAGCUGUGCGCCCGAUGCCACACCUGCGACUUGCCAACGAGCCGACAACUGGGGAUGGCGCUAUCUACACUUUACCUGCGGCGGGCUUGUGUUCCUUCUAUCUCUGACCCGCAUCUUCGUGAUCAAGAUGGAACAAACGCCUCGCUGGCUCAUCAGCCAGAAUCGUGACGAGGAAGUGUAUGCACAGCUCUCCGCCCUAGCCAUAAAGUACGAUCGGCCCUUCGUCCUGAAGCAUGGUGCCCUACAAGAGCAAGGCCAAGUCUUACACUCGGAGAAAUCGGUGUGGUCAUCUCUUCGCCUUAAAAAGCACUUUGCCGGACUUUUCGAGACGAAGCUCCUGACCUACUCGACUCUCAUGAUCUUCGCAAACUGGUUUGUCGUGGGCACAGUCUCUCCAUUGUAUCAAGUCUUCUUGCCCUACUACCUGGAGUCUCGAGGCGUGGCUACUGGUCAACAGAGUAGCGACUACAUCACCUGGCGCAACUACGCCAUCAACCAAGUCGCCACCCUCGCCGGACCCUGCAUCGCCGCCGUCCUGGUAGAAGUGCCUCACAUCGGCCGCAAAGGCACACUCGCCAUCGGCGCUACCGCCACCAUGGCGCUGCAAUUCGGCUACACACAGAUCAAGACUCCAGCCCAGAACCUUGGAGUCAGCUGUGCGGUUAGUGCUGCUCAGAUGAUCUACUAUGGCGUGAUCUAUGCGUACACGCCGGAGAUUUUGCCAAGUGCGCAUCGAGCGACGGGGUAUGGAUGUUGUGUGAUUCUGAAUAGGAUAGGAGGCAUUGUGGGGGUUGCGGUGGGAAGCUAUGCGGACGUGCAAACUACGACGCCGCUGUUUGUGUGUGCUGGGUUGUUUGGGUUGCUGAUUGUGCUGAGUUUGGCGUUGCCAUUUGAGAGUCGGGGUAGAGGGAGUGUGUGA